UUAAUCCGGCGCCCAUUGUUUCGCCGCUAGAUAAGCCCCACGCGGUAAACACUAUAAAGUGUCGCGUAGUCGGUGGUGAAUUCCAACCCAGUUCGCCACAGUCGUCGCGUAAAAAUGAUUGCCAAAACGUUGUGCAUUAUUACGGUAUUCCUGGCGUGCCCGGUACACCCUGCCGUCCAUUUGACCAGGGAAAUCCAGCUGACGCCCGCCGACCUCUGCUCACCCCGACCCACCCCGUUCGAGACGUUCGUCGGCCGCGUCGCCGACUCCCGCGUAGUCGAAAGCCUCGUGGAUUCGUUUCUGGCGAGCCAGGCGGACACCUUGACCGCGCUGCAGGACAAGAUCGCAUCGAACAGCGAGGACCUGGUCGGCAUCCUCGAGAUCCUUAACGACGGCGCCGGCGCCGAGGUGCUCCGCGUCGACGAUGGCUUCGUGGGCGUCGACCCCGGCGAGCUCGAGCGUUUCGCUAUCGCCCAGGCGAGGACGCUGUCCAGGGCUUUGUUCCCCCGCGAUCCUUUCCGCCAGAUAAUAUUCUUCAGCUCGGCCAGGGUGCAGAUCAGGGGCGUGGCCGCGUCCAUAGCCCCCCGGGUGCUCAACAUCCGGGUACCCCUGAAAGCGUUGGCCGCCGUGUUGCCGCCCCUCGACCGCCUCCCCUCAUCGCACGCCAUCUCCAAACGUGACGUUAGUUUAGCCGAACUACUGUGGUCGGUAGUUCAAACGACCGUGUGUCAAACCAUACGGCCGGCGGUGGCCAUCGUCAACGGUACCAUCCUCCGGUGGGAGGAUUUCCUCGACAACCUCACCGUGGAGACGGAGGUCGACAAUCCGCUGAGCAUCUUCCUCGCCGACCUGGUGAGGUCGGUGUUUGCCGCCGCCCGGGAACUACUCGCUAACGUACGCGCCGCCAUCGGCGGCUUGGCGAGUGCCGUCUGCGCCUCCGGAUCGUCCAGAAGGAAACGCGACGUCGGCACGGACCUCGUCGCCGACGGGUACGCCCUGCAGCAGCGUUCCGUCUCGAUUUUCACCAUUCUCGGCGGCGUACUUGCCUUCGUGUGGACGACGCUGCUGGCGCCGGUCGUCAACGUCGCAGCCAAAGCCUUCGUGGCGCGGGCCGUCAGUUUCCUGACCGACGCCAUCGACACCUUCCUCAAUACGACCUUUGUCGACGCCGCCAACACCAUCAUCGACACCAUCACCAACCAAUAAAUUUGUAGAAUAGAAUUAAUAAAAAUCGCGUU